CCGCCGCAACAGGUGUCCUUCCCCCAGAAGCCCAGAAAUCGCAGUACUAUCACAGAAGAAGAAAGGAUAGAAUGAAGCUGGACGACAAGCAGAAGCGACUGGGCCAGGAGCCGCCCAAGUACCUUAACGAGGACUUCUUUAAAGCGGCGCUGGAGGACGGACUCCGGGACAUGCGCGUGGACAUCAAGAAGAUCAUUUUUGCCGAGUCGAGUGGUGGAGGCGGUGAGAACUACUGCAGCAAGAUCUAUAGGGCCAGGGCCCUCUAUCGUAGCAGCAAAAGGCAGCUGGACGAAGAGCUGGCCAUGAUUGUCAAGAGUAUUGCGAUCACGCCGGCAACCCAAUUCCUCGAGGAACUUGCUGUUUAUCUGCGCGAGAAGAUCUUCUACUUUGACGUUCUUGGCAAACUGGAGGUCCUUAUUGGAGACGGGUCGAAGUUCGGGGCCAAGUGCCUGUAUACAACCCGCGAGCCCAUUCAGACGAUCGUCUUCGACGACCUCACCCAGUAUGGCUAUAAGCUGGCCAGCAGACAGAGCGGCCUAAACGAGGAGCACUGCGUGGUCAUCCUCAAGAAGCUGGGCAAGUUCCAUGCCAGUUCCAUGGUGCUGGCCGAGAAGGAGCCUAGUGUUCAGGAGCACUUCACAACCGGAAUGCUGGAUGAGAACUACAUCCGGACUAACGAGCGGUUCAUUACCUUCAUGACCCUCCAGUGCCGGACUCUGGCUAACGUGGUAUCAAAGUGGCCCGGAUACGAGUUGCUGGCCGAGAAGCUGCACCGUCACUGCGACAACAUUAAGGAGAACCUGGUGAUGACCGGACGGACGCUGCCGGGAGAGAUCACUGUACUGAACCACGGUGACCUGUGGGUGAACAACUUCAUGUACAAAUACGACGACGAGCUGCCGACGAAACCCAUCGAUGCCAUAUUCGUGGACUUCCAGAACAGCUUUUUUGGCAGCCCGGGCUGUGACAUUAACUUCUUCCUGAAUAGCAGCGUCCAACUGGAUGUUUUGAUCCACCGUCGUGAGUUUCUUAUUCAGACGUACUACGCCUCCCUGCGUGACAGCCUUGAGCGGAUGCACUCGAGUUUCUUGCCCAGCUACGCGGACAUACAGCAGGAGAUCAGGGCCAGGGAGCUGUAUGGGUUCUUCUCCUCCUACGCCUUCCUGCCGAUGGUCACCAUGAAGAAGGAGGACUCGUAUGACAUCAGCAUCGAAGCACUGACGGAUCAGGAUUUCGCCAAGAAGAAAGUCCAGCUGAUGUUCUCCUCCAAUCCCCGCACCACGGACACACUGCGCUACGCUCUGCGCCGUUUUGAUGAGCUGGGCAUAUUCGAUUGAUAUGUAGGGUACACGGAUCCCCAGAUGCUUCGAUCCUUCGAUCCUUAGGCUUAUCGUUCUUGUGCUACUUUUACAAACGCCUUUUUUUUUGUUUUUUGUUUAUAAACAGUACGUAGUGUUAAGCGUAUUCUAUACAUUAAGCAUUAUAUUAACUUAUAAAAAAUAAAAAAAACGUUGCCUA